GAUUGUGCGUACUUAAGCUAGAGAACAUUUCCAACCAUUGUCUAUUGGCGUCUGUGAAGUGAAGUGGUGACCACAAUGAUUUUGCUACUGGUAGUGUCUUUCGCCUGUAUCGGAUUAGCGCACGCUGGUCCGAUCGAUCAGGGUAAAAUUGUGAAUGGGACGGAUGCAGCGAUCGAAAACUACCCAUUCGUUGUGUCACUGCGUGGUGCUACUGGUGGUCAUUCGUGCGGUGGCAGUAUCUUGAAUAGUCGCUGGAUUCUAACAGCGGCACACUGUGUCGACUAUACAACGCCACUGUACCAAACGGUUCAGGUGGGACGUACGAACAUUUCGCGCACUGAAGACGAAUCGAUAUACGCAAUUGAGGACGUGGUGAUCCAUCCCGGUUACAAUCCGGCCGAUAGCUACAUUGAUGAUAUUGCACUGUUGAAGUUACGCAAACCGCUGGUGUUUAGUGAACAGGUGCGACCGGUACGGAUGCCGAAACGAUUCUUUGAGAUCGAUACGGAAGAGUCCAAUGUGGUGACGCUCGUUGGCUGGGGUCGGAAUGCCUCCGAUGGACCAGUGCAAACAACGUUGCAGCAGAUCGAUUACUAUGCAGUGCCGAACGACGAAUGCAAUGUUAUCCACGGCAAUCACAUCUAUCCUACGCAGAUCUGUGCAGCGGAACCUGGAGGUGGCAAGGGACAGUGCAGUGGAGACUCUGGUGGACCAUUGAUGUAUAAAGAGUUCCAGGUAGGCAUCGUGUCGUGGAGUAUUAAACCGUGCGCCAUCGCUCCAUAUCCGGGAGUGCUUACCAAGGUUUCGUACUAUGUGGACUUUAUCAAUCAGUAUGCGAGCGAAUACAAUUCUUGAAUCCAAAUAUCCCCCCAGGAAAGGAUAUAUUUUUGCCAUCUAAAAAUACACUCUAGUUCCUUAUCAAAAACCUUUUUUUUGUGAACAACGUCCAGUUGUUAGACGUCGAAAGAUUAUUCUGUAAACUGAAUUAAAUAAAAAAAAACCAUUUCAGAUGUGGAAAUCAAAACAAAUUCAAAGGAUUAAAAUUAAUUGAUUUUAUAUUCUGAAGAAUACGCUAGAAAGAAUGAAGAAGCACUGGGAAGAAUCGUAAAUACAUUGGUGACCAAAUAUUUAAA